CAUACCUGUGAUACUGCCUACAGACUUGAUCCUUUUGGGCUGAAAGAUUUAUUCAUUUUGGCAAGAGGCAAUCACAAUAUCUGAGAAGAUGGAGGCUAUCUGGGUAUAUCAGUUCAGGCUGAUAGUCAUUGGGGACUCCACAGUGGGAAAAUCAUGCCUGAUUCGUCGCUUCACCGAGGGACGCUUUGCCCAAGUGUCAGACCCCACGGUCGGCGUGGAUUUCUUCUCAAGGUUGGUGGAGAUCGAGCCAGGAAAACGGAUUAAGUUGCAGAUUUGGGACACAGCUGGUCAGGAGAGAUUCAGGUCCAUAACUCGUGCGUACUACAGGAAUUCAGUGGGAGGACUGCUCUUAUUCGAUAUAACCAACCGUAGGUCCUUCCAGAAUGUGCACGAGUGGUUAGAAGAGGCCAAAGUUCAUGUCCAGCCAUUCCAGAUCGUUUUCGUGCUGGUCGGCCAUAAAUGUGACCUGGCAACCCAGAGGCAAGUGUCAAAGGAGGAAGCAGAAAAGCUUGCUGCUGCUUACCGGAUGAAAUAUAUAGAAACGUCUGCAAGAGAUUCCAUCAACGUUGAACAGGCCUUCACCGAUCUGACAAGGGAUAUUUACGAACUUGUCAGAAGGGGUGACAUUAUGAUGCAAGAGGGAUGGGAAGGAGUGAAGAGUGGCUUUGUUCCAAAUGUGGUCCACUCAUCAGAGGAAGCUGUCAAAUCAGGCAGGCGAUGCCUUUGCUAAUUUGAGUGGAAACAUUUAAACUUGAUAAGUUCCCUCGCACGUAGAGACUGUACCAAAUAAAUACUGUAGGCCUUUUUAAAUUUGUAUCACAAAUGAUUCACUAUUUCCACAAUAUGGACACUUGAUCAGUCUCUUUGUAAUUAAUGGGAUCCUGAUGUAUGAACCAGUUCCCUAAUUAGCCAGCUGUUGAUCAUGGAGAGUUUUCACCUACUGUUUGAAUCUCAGGGGACGGGGGACAAGAAAGAGCUCAUUUAUUUUUGAAAGCUGCCUAAAAAAAAAGUAAAAAUAUCUCAGACAGUAACUAGGUUGAUAGUCAUCAUUUAGUUUUUACUGUAAUUGAGGCAGUUGAAGAACCUGAACUGCUACUUUAAUUCAAUCUGCAUGUCCUCAUUCCCUGGUACAGUACAGGUGAGGAUCUUCAUUGUAACCUGCCUACUUUUGAUUCACUGGUACAGUAAAGUCAAUUGCCUAUGACAUAAUUUGAAAUGAUUUAAAUUGGGACCAGUAAUAAAGACAUGCAUAAAUAAAUAUUGAUAUUUUUCUGCCUAACAUCUAUAAUGAAGAAUAUUUAUAUAGGCCACCUCACCCAACUCACUCAAACAGGUAGAUUUCACUCUUGGGGUACUGUUUUAUUAAGCUUAUUUCUUCCCAAAAUUUUCCCUUCCUCUAUCCUUCCUGGAGAUAACAGCUGCUUGUUGAGAUACAAUGCAGCUCUGUGACACAUUGGCAAAGUUAUUUAUCAUGUUUGAAUUAAUUCACUAAGUAUCACCAACUUAUUGGACUGCAGUGCUUGGCCUAAGAGCUGAACCAAAUCUUGCCAACAUGUGCAAUCUCCAGCAAGAUUCAUUGAUAUCAUUCAGAACAGGAACCCUGAAUGAUUUUGUUUUCCUUUCGAAAUCAAUGGUAGCAUCCCAAGUUCUACUGACUCAACCUGUUCAGCGCAGACUGGGACCCAGACUAGGUCCUUCAUGAUUAAAAUGGCUCUUGUAACACACUGGCUGGUACAAUCAGUUACAAUCCCACUGGGAGAGUUCUUGAUAAUAUUGGUAAUAUGAGGGAGAAAGUAACGGAGAAAAAUCAAAAAUUAAGUUAAAUAAUAACAUUUGCUGAGAAUAAGUAGUGAACAUUUUGAAAUUACAGAAUUAAGAAGGCCUUCACUAGCCUCCCAUGUGUAGUGACUGUACAAACAGAUAAAAAUAUUUGUAAAUCAGUAAACCAACUAUAUGCUGUGUAUGAUAGAUCAGUGCUAUUGAAUGAAUCAUUACUUUGCUGAAUAAAUGGUAAAUCCAUACAGUCCUGGUGAGGAAACAGGAACUCUAUUCAAGUACAUG